GCGACACCAUCUCUCCCCUCUUCCCCUUUCUUAUCGAUCCCUCUGGAACCUUCCCCUCCGCCUUUUUAUUAACUUCCCUCCGGCUUCCACCGCUUCCGUUAAUCGGAAGAGACACUCCAUAGAAUUGAAUCGAAGUCGACUUCCUACUGUUCUUAUUCAUAGAUCGCGAAAGAGGAAGAUGAGUCCGGUGGCGGAUUCGGCGCUGUUCGACACGGCGUUGAACCAGCUGCUCCACUUGCCGGAGACGCUGGAGAAGCUCGUCUCCCCGUCGCCUCGGCCGCAGGCCGGCCACGGCGGAGCCCAGGGCCGCGAAGCCGGCGAGGAGAGGGGCUUCGGUGGGUUCCCCGUGGACAUUCUGGAGACACCCAAGGAGUACACCUUCUUCCUCGACGUCCCCGGCCUCUCCAAGACCGACAUGCAGGUGGCACUGGAGGAGGAUGACAGGAUACUGGUGAUAAAGAGCAACGGGAAGAGAAAGAGAGAGGAAGGAGAGGAGGAAGGGUGCAAGUACCUGCGCCUGGAGAGGAGGGCCUACCCCAAGUUCCUGAGGAAGUUCCACCUGCCAAACGACGCCAAUACUGCCUCCAUCACUGCCAAGUGCGAGAAUGGAGUGCUCACCGUCGUCGUUGAGAAGCUCCCCCCGCCGGAGCCCAAGACCAAGACUGUGGAGGUGGCCGUAGCGUGAAGGAUAUAUUUGAAGGUGUUUUUUUAAGGAAUUCUGGAUUAGUUCCAGAUCCUGAUCGAAUUAGUUUCAUAAGAAAACUAGUUGUAGUGUCUUCCUGUUUUCCCAGUAGAAAGUUAAAGACUCUCGUAGAUUGAGUGAAUGAAGUUUAGUUCUUGCAAUGAAAAAGCUCUCUAUGUUAUUUAUUGUAUAUAAUAUAUCUCUCUGUCUCAUU